GCUUUUUAUCUACCUACAAAGGUAAUGAAGUGUACAACAAUUUAUUGCCAAAUACGGUCUAUCUGGAUCAAUGUCAUUGAUGUUACCUUUAAAUCAUAGUGCCAUUUCUAGAUCAUUUUAUCGAUAUAGUGGUCGAUUAACAAAGAGAGCUACAGCAUGGUAUCGUACCACUAACAUCUCAGAAGGAAAACGACUUAACUGGCUGCCCUCCACCAAUACGGUCGCGCUACAAAACAGACACUUUCCUCGAUCGGUUGAUAACUUAAGAAGCUUCACCACAACCAGAGCAUUAAAAAUGGCAUCCGACGAAGAUUACAUGGCAUUCUUAGACAAGGCGAACAAGAAUCCGAGCGAAGGAUAUACAAAGGCACAGGGUGCAAACAAGCAAGACUUUAAGGCGACAGACGAGGGAGCGCAAAUUCCUGCUGUUAUUCAGGAAGCUACUAAGGAUAGCUUCUACGUGAGCGACGCCGACGAACCGUUCGUACCUGUCUAUUUGGCAUGGGACGAGAGCGGCAAAGGUUUACCAGACGAAGAGGAAUUCGCAAUCUUGAUACACCAUCCAGACCCGUCAAAUGCGCAGAUUGAAAUUCAAGAUCCCGCGGACUGGGACACGCAGGGUCAGUAUAAGUCGAUCCUAGAUGCGGUGCGCAAAGCAGGCAAGGGGAACGACGUCCGAGUGUAUCGAGUCUCGAAAGGAGGCGUUAAAAUCGAGUAUUGGGUCGUCACGACGGAGGGUAUUGGACCAAGCGCGAAGCUUGUUGGUGUUAAGGCGCUGGCGAUUGAGAGCUGAUCAAUCGGAUAUGAUCACUGCCGAGGAAAAUAAAAUAGUAAAGCAUUAAAUGCACAUCUUAUCGAGUACCUAGGUAUGGAGAAGGAUGGAUCAUAGGUAGUUUCCGUUAAGCUUCAAUUUAUGCUAUAUUGAAUACCCCG